GCGCUGAUAAGGCGAACAGCUCAUGCUCGCGCUACAGAACUCAGCAAGACUCGGCUGGUAGCCGAUAGAUCAUUCCACAAGAAAACGCAGCAGCACCAAAUUGUUGGCCGCAAGGGCUUUGUGGACAAUGAGCGUUUAUCACAACAACGUCUGUGUAUGUGGAGAUACAGCCGACACUUGCAGAACACAGGAUCAAGCGAGGCCGGUGGACGCCGGUGCAUCAGUACGGUCGUGGAAACAGCGGAUCACUUUCACUAACAAGACCGUGCAAAUGGGACAGUGACUUCAGUUCCGUGACGCAAGUCGAUCACAUUGUCAUCUUGUCUUUUGUAGGCUACAGCUGUCCCUGGCUAACGUAACUCUCCGUAUCAGUCGUGGUUUUCGAUUCAAGGACAAACUGAAUGAGAAAAAGGAGAGAAGAAACCGCGGCAGAAAGUGGACUCUGCUUUGUCACCUGAACGAGCGCAUUUAUCAUAAACGGUAAGAGACUUCGCGAUGGUUGCGGGAAAUGCCGCAUUACAAACGUUAGCUGCCGAAGGAGUUAAACGCCGGUUUUCUGGUCUAUUUGAAAGAGAAGAUCUGACCGUAUAAUAUUCCGGGAACGAAUGCAGCCAGAGGAAUGCGUCUAUCUGCGUGACAUAUUCUCCCUUUAGCCGAGAGCACAUAUCGCACCGAAGUGACCUUGCUGGGAGACUAAGGUUUUUUUGUUUUACCACAAUACUUCUAUCUACUGUCUACAAAGGGUCCGAGUCUAGUCACAGGGCGAAAAUGACGUAGCCUACAUUUACCGGGACCUGAAUUAUGCAUGCAGAGCCAUGAAAAAUGCAAUGUACCAUUAACCAAUCCCCAUUUAAAACCCAGAGCUAAGCUGAUGACCUACUUUGGGAGGGAUUCUUUUUGAUGUGAUUGCCGCAUACAGUAGUUAGUAGCCUAUGUCUAUACCUGGAGUCACAACACGCGACGAUUUGAAAUAUACAUACUUUAAACAAACAUAUACUUUUACAUAUAUCAACGAAAGACAAGUAGGCCUAAAUACAUAGCAAUUACGAAAGAUAUGCGGAUUAACUUGCUUGCAGAUAUAUCAGCACCGGCACGUCACGCGCUAUCCACGAAGAGCGCUUGCACGAAAGCAUAAUUUAUUAACUUGAUGAUUUUGGAUUCCUUCCAACUUGUCGUACUUUAAUGGAGCAAAUAAGGUGAAGUGGAAAAAAAAUGCACAAGCAAAGUCUCGUGUAUCAAUCGUGUAUUUGAACUCCUCGUUAAACCAAAUCUGCUAUCUUUAGUGCUGUUUAGUGCCGAAGCUUUAUUAGCUAAGCUAAAUUACUAAUGCUUAUCAACUGCAAAAAUCGGCCUACAGAUACUAUGCCCAUGAUCCCUAGACUGUUGGACUUUGGUUUAAAACCAAAAAAAGCUUCCAUGUGGUUCAAUCCAUUAUCACUGCGCAACUGCUCCUGAAUGAACCAACUGAGUCAGUGAAAAGUAAUUUCUAAUGGACUUCAGGGUUAUUGUCAUUUUUCUUUGGAGAUAGAUUUAUCUCAGGAGGACCGGUUUAGCCUAUUUAGUUGUCAUUAGGCUACUUAUUUUCUCAUGUUGUCAGCACAUUUCCCACAGUCAAGGCUGCUGUCCGAUUAACGAGUCGAUCAGCCAGAUCAGCUACGGCGGCCUGUGUGGUGAAUUGCUUCGAGAGGCCAGGAAAACAUUAAGCGAUGGCCGUAGCCUUACUGGAAUAAGAACAGUCGAGACCGGGAAAGGCGCCACUCUCAGGCGGUGCGCAUUAAAAUACCGAUCAGGCAUCCAGACGAUCGUCCGUCCUCCCGAGCCAUGCUGCUGAAGAGAGGCCGCCCCACCCAGCCGCUGCUCAGGCACACGGACGUCCCGCCGCGCGUGACGGAGAGCUUCAUCCUCUCGGGCUACCGUUUCCCCGACUACAGCCUGCGCGAGUGCCUGGCCUCCGCCUUCCGGCCCACCAACGAGACCGGCAACUUCUGGACCCACUUCCUGGCCGUCUUCGUCUUCGCCUUCCACUUCCUGGAGCUGUUCGGCUGGGAGGGCGGCCUGCCGCUGAGCGACCCCUUCUUCUACCCGUUCUGGAGCUACUUCAUCGGGGUGUUCUGCCUGCUGAUGGCCAGCAGCCUGGCCCACCUGCUCAACUCCAUGUCGCUGCUGAUCCGCGAGAUCUGCUUCUUCGUGGACUACGGCAACAUCAGCGCCUACACGGUCGGCUCGGCGCUGGCCUACUUCUACUACAUCCACCCGCGGGCGGGGGCCGCGGGCGAGGCCUUCGCCAACGCCACGCGCCCGGGGCCGGCCGGCGCGGAGGGGCCCUCCCCGCUCCUCCUCCCGCCGUCGCCCGAGCUCCGCGUGUUCUUCGAGAGCCUCUACAUCCCCAGCGCCUGCCUGGUGGCCGUCAUCUGCACCCUGGCCUGCUGCAACACCCGGCAGCAGUGGCGGCGGUACCGCUACGUCAUCCGCACCACCGUGUUCCUGCUCCCGUUCGUGGUGGCCUCCACGCCCGUGUUCUACCGGCUGCUGCCCGCCUCCAUCGCCUCCUCCGCGCCCUCCUCCGGAACCCUGGCGCCCUACUUUUACCGCCACUGCUUCUGGCUCCUGGUGUCGGCGCUGUUCAACAUCAGCAAGCUGCCGGAGCGCCUGUCCCCCGGCCGUUUCGACGUGUGGGGCCACAGCCACCAGUGGUUCCACUGCUGCACCUUCCUCUCCAUCCUGGACGAGCUGCACAUGAUCAAGGGCGAGAUCCGCGGCCUGGCUCUCCGGCCGACCCUCGCCCUCCUGGCCGCGCCCUCCCGGCCCCUGCCGCUGCUCUCUGGCCCCACCCUGGGCUCCACGUACGGCGUGAUGUUCGCGCUGCAGGGCUGCAUCGCCACCAUCAUCUCCUGGUACGCCUGGCGCGCCAAGAAGUCCCCCACCGAGCGCAUGAAACUGGAAUGAGCCGGAAACCCAGGCCGGGGGCCCGUUCCACGAAGCAGAAUCACUGAGCGCAGUAAAGUAAAACCCGGAACAGCCAUUUUUACUUCAGUCCGUGUUCCGGAUUUGGGUAGGCUCCGGGUUUUACUCCGUGCAGUUAUCCGGCUUUGUGGAACAGGCCACGGGAUCCUCAAUGAUUAAAUAUAUUAUGAGUAAAAAUUCAUAAUAACGCCAUAUGAAUAUGACAUGCACAUUAAGCAUGUUCUGUGCAUUUUAUCUCAUGGUGAGAGCACCUUUAUAUCCCGUGUGGGAUUGGGGACACAUUUGGUUCCAUUCACUAGGGAUCAGAAUGCAUGAAUCCGCUGGCAAGAACAAAGAAACAGCCAUACUGUCUGUCAGAAAUGUAGAUUUUCUAGUUGAUAAAAUAUGCACAGUGAACACUGUUGUAUUUCCAGGACAAUCCCUGCCUUUCAAUUUCAAUAACAUAGUUAUUGUAAUAUAACAAGUCAUAUUUUGAACUGUACGUAGUACAUUUGUAGUGUAAGAUGAUAUCAUAUCAGGCCCGCAAUUGACCUCUGCCCUUGAAAGAGGGAGUGGCCCAUCUGUAGGAGCUGUUAGAGCAUUAGCAUAGUAAGGUAGUGCUUUAGGUAGGCAGAUUAUUAUCUAACGACGUUGCUUCUCUCAUUGGGCAGACAUACGGGUUGAAGGAUUCGGCUGAAGUUUGAGUGUGCUUCUUCCCGAGCCUUCCGAAAGCGUUUCCAAUGUUUUUUUUUAUUGUUUUAUUUAUUUUUUUGCUUUGGUUUUUGGUGAUGUUAAUGUCAUUCUUGUUUGCUGUCCUCCUAUGUACCGCCACUGAAGUUCAUGUGAGGUUUUUUGCUUGCUGGAUAGUCGCUUCCAAGUUCAUCUUUUCGGUCCAUUUCCGGGUGCUACUGGGGGCAGGGUUUGGGUAGUGAAUCAUGAGGCCAUGCAGCUAUCCAUAUUCAGGGGCCAGCUGUUCAAACACUGCCACAGCUAGCCGUGACACCAAUUAACACCUCUCACAUCCCGCCUUCCUGUCCUUUUUCAGUCAUUGUCCUCCCUCUCUCUCCUCUGCUUUUUCUCUCUCCAUCCCAUCAACCUGUCUGUCCCCUCCUCCUCUGUCACUCUCAUUUCCUCUUUAUUCCAGACCAAACCUAGCAACAGGAAGUGAACUAGCAGAUAACAACACAAACUGCCUCUCACUGCGGAAUUAAACACACUUUGAAAGUUAAACAAAUAAAUACAAAAUUGCCACAGUUUUAACUUCACGGAGACAUAACUGUCCCAUUCCAGCAGAAAACCUGUACUCAUACCUCAGAUGAUGGGACAUCUUAAAAGCUCUGUGCUUUAUUCCGUGUGAUAUCAUGUGUGUUUGGAAAAAAUUUCACAUUUCUGAAGCCCUGAGGCCAAUACAGGAAGUUGUGCACUUUACAGCCUUUUUUGUUUAAAUGCUGUCUCACUAAGAAUGUAGUGUUUGAGAGGAGCUGCUGACUCGAAAUUAUUUUUGCUUACUGUUCUGUGAUCUGUUCUCUUUAGCACCACCAAAAAGGCAGGAAGUGAGCCAACCUUCUGUUCGUGUCAAAACACCUCCAGAUGGUCUGCUAAUGUCUGCUUCAUUAAGUGACCAGACUGCAAAACGGAUAGUCUUGUUCUGGUCUUACACUCUUACACACUAUCGUAGACAGAGUGGCCUUGUUCCUAUCACAAUAAUGUACCUGCUUGUGAUAAUCUGAAGUUUGUCAUUUCGGUUGUUCAGGAAUAGGUGAAUGGAAAAAUAUGUCACACGUGAUUUUUUUUUUUAGAACUGCUUCAACAAAGAUAUUUUAAACUAGAGCAAGCAACUGUUUUAAGUUUGCCUCAAGUUGAUUUGCACAGCGGAUUAGGCCAGUUAAUAUGAAAGGCAUUACGGGUUAUUGUGAUUAUUUAAAUUAAUGAUUUCUUUUUGAAGUUAAAGCCUGACGUGAAUGUUUCAGGCUGUUAAUCCUGCAGGGUUCUGACUGUAUCAGAGCACCACAGGCCCGAGCAGGGAGGAUGUGAUGCCAGGAAAACUGGUCUCAAAUCCGUGUCAGUAAAUAGAAUAUUCUAGAUGCAGACCCUUUACAGCAACAGGCAUUGUGAAAUUUCUUCACCGGGCUGUUUGCUUCUGUGCAUGUUGUGUGAGUGUGAUGACAGUGAUGAUGAUGAUGAUGAUGAUGAUGAUGAUGAUGAAUUUCUGGGAUGCGCCGCCGAUGCACAGCUUUACCUAAGCCUUCUCUGGAUAUGUUUGUUCUUUUUUAAUUUUCAUUUUAAGCCUGCUGCUGCCGUGAGCAGCUGCCAUGCCUGACUGAAAGCAGAGCGAACGUGAGACUGUGGCUUGAGGACACAGUGUGCUGUACUCAGGGGGAUUGCAGGGCCCACGGGGUUCCUAUCAUGCGCAGCGCUCAGUGUUCUGUUUGCGACGUCAAACGAGCAUCUCUCAGAAACGUAACCCCCCCGUGGCACCGCGGUGGCCCGCGGUUGAGGCAUCGGACCGCGAGGCAGCCAUCGGUUCCGUGCGGCUGCACACCGUGAACCGGGUUUCGCGGCCCGGUCCUGCCCAAGCCCAGUACAGCCGCCGCACCAGGGAGCGGCAUAAUUGGGCUGCCGCUCCGAGGGUGGGGGGAGGGACUCGGUGGGGAGGAAAAAAUAAAUUUAACCCUGUACCAUAUCCCAGGUUAACACGUCCGAAAAUGUUUUGAAUGAAUUUUGCUUUUGUUCUUUUUUCUGCUUUGAUGUACAAAACAUUGCACUCUGAGAGUUAGUUAUUGAAAUCUUAAAACUAAUAAAUUAAACCAAUGAGAAUCAUGCA